AUGCUGGAGGAAGACUCGGAUGCAGCAGACACAGCUCUAGUGGGGGACGGUAAUGCCGGGAUGGAGAGCGGAGACCUGAGGGCGGAGGUGGUGCGCCUUACUCUCGAGCUCCAGGAGGCCACAGAGGAGAAGCUACAGGCCGCCCGCUACGGCCUUGUGGUCUUGGAGGAGAGUUCGGCUCUCAAGAUCAGAAAUCAGCAAUUGGAAGAGGAACAUGAAGCCCUCAAAGCAGAGCUGCAGCAGCUCAAAGAGGCCUUUGCAGAUUCCGUAAGUAGCCAAAAGCGUGCAGCCGCUGACGGAGAAUGCCGGGAGGAGAACCUCCUGCAGGAGACUGCAUCUAAGGAGGCUGCCAUGGCAACCCGCUUGGAAGAAGUCCAGGGAGAACUAAAGCAAGCUCGACUUGCUUUAGGCAACGCCCACGCUGAGAUUGACAGGCUUGGGGUUGUCUCAGUUCAGCUCAAAAAGGACUGUGAGUGUCUGGAGGCAGAGAAAGGGCAUCUGAGGGAUGAGAUGAAGGAGUUUAAAGUACGUGAGCUGCGUCAGUUGCAAGACAAUAGUGAGCUGGAAGAAGAGAACACAUCUCUUCAAAAACAAGUGUCGGUGCUCAAGGAAAAUCAGGUGGAGUUUGAAUCACUAAAACAUGAACUGAACCAAAAGAAUGAGGAGCAGGAGGAGCUGCGAGCUCAAAUGGAGGAGGCCGCGAGGCUGCGGGAGAUUGCAGAGCACCAGUUGGAUGAGGUCUUGGAGUCCUUGAAAGAGGAGAGGGAGCAGAAAAACAGUCUCCGUCGGGAACUUUCUGCCUUGACCCUGAACCCCUUUGACUCUGUGGGCAACCUGGAACUUCACUUGGACCAGUUGGAUGACGGACAAGAAGUAAGCCGGACGGGAGAGGGUGAGGUUCAGGGAAAUGACCUAGACAGCGGCAUUAAAAGCAACAUCGAUCCGACUCACCCUGCUCAUGGGGGCUCCAAAAGUAAUGGCGUCGUGCAACGUUACUCCACUCCACGCAACAGUGACAUAUUCCUGCGUGCUCCAGCUUCUGGGCUUGUGUCUGACCUCUUGAGUGAGCUCCACUUUUCAGAUAGCCAAAAACUUAAGCAGCAACUCCUACAGGCUGAAAGAGAAAAGUCAAGUCUUAUCAGCAAGGUGGAGGAACUGCAGAUGCAGUUGGUGAUGUCCAAGCAAGCACUGAGUCAGCACGAGGACAAAGUUGGAUCUCUCACGCAACAGCUGGAGGCUGUGCAGAGCAGCCAACAGCAAAACCACGAGGCAGAUGACGAUGAGGCCAAGAAUGCAGACGGCGCUGAUGUCGUCUUUGACUAUGAGGUUGACACAAAGAGUAAAGAAGUGCUGGAGGCACGUAUGCGCGCAGCUAGCGAAGAGCUUCUGAAGCUGCGCGAUGAACUGUCUCAGGCAGGUACUCGCUAUAACACCCUCGAGCAAAGAUACAAACAGGAGAAGGAUCGAUGGCGAUCGGAGGCCCAGGAAUUGGCUGACAAGAUCCGCCAAUGCAUCAAGUCCAGCAGGCAGGACCAGGAGCGAAUCAGUGAAUUGGAAAUUGAGAUCGGAGCCACGCGCAAAGUGGCCAGCGAUUCUGAAGGGCAUCUGAGUGUGGCUCAAGAAGAGCUGCUGGCCUUUUCUGAGGAACUGUCCAACCUCUACCACCACAUCUGUGUUUGCAACAACCUGACACCCAAACGGGUCACCUUAGACUAUUACCGUGAAAGCGGCAGAGUGCACGGCGGAGCUGGUGCUAGAAGGCCACUCCACAUCUCCACCCCGCCUAACUCCCAGAAGAAGCCACGAGCCAGUGACACAUUCAUCUCCAAAGCUGCGGCUUUGCAGUUCAUGGGGGAGGUGGACAGUGCAGGAGCCUCUGUAGAAUCUCCUAGUUGCCCUGGAUCCCCCAACCUGGAUUUCAGGGACCCAUCCAAUGUCCGCAACUUGGUUGCGGUUAUCAGAUGCCAGAUCAAACACCUCCGGGUGGCAGUGGAUCUCUGUCGUCAGCGGGGUGCUAUGCCUUACUCGGGCCUAAGUAGCAGUAUGGAGAUGGAGCGGGAUGCGGAAAGUCUGCUGGAAGAAGUUCUAAAGCUUAAGUCGCUCCUUAGCACUAAGAGAGAACAGAUUGCCACUCUCAGAACUGUCCUCAAGGCAAACAAACAAACUGCUGAGUUGGCUUUGUCCAAUUUAAAAACCAAGUAUGAAACCGAGAAGGGCAUGGUGUCAGAAACUAUGAUGAAACUACGAAAUGAACUCAAAGCACUGAAAGAAGAUGCUGCCACCUUCUCUUCACUCCGGGUUAUGUUUGCAAGUCGGUGCGACCAGUACGUCACCCAACUGGAUGAAAUGCAGAGACAGCUGGCAGCCGCUGAGGAUGAGAAGAAGACGCUUAACUCCCUGCUGCGCAUGGCCAUCCAGCAGAAAUUGGCUCUUACGCAGCGCUUGGAGGAUCUGGAGACCCCGUUGUCUCCUCACAGCUUGAACAGCAGCCCUCGCCGCUCCAGAGCCAAGGAGCUGGCCACCAAGUCGGGACGAGCAGGACGGAGCCCCAGAAACAGCCCGGCGCGCCCCACCGUGAGGAGCAGCCCGCGAGCCAGUCCAGUUCUGGGAAGCAGUGUUCCCGCUAUGGCCACCCACCACCUACGAGCACUCACUCGAAGCCUCCACACGAGCCCCGUAAGAACCCCGCUUACUCCUUGCGCCCACACAACCAAGGGGCUUCUUCCCCGAGACGCCACAUUCGUGCGAAGUCGGAGCGUCAGUGAUGUUUCUCAUUCGGGGUCAAGUGCCGGGUGCUCCAGCUCACGUAAGAGCUCCAUCGGCUCGGCCAGCGGCGAGUCUGUGCUUCAAACAAACACGAGAAAAGAAAGCCGGAGAGCUUCUGUUCCCUCGCGCCAAGAAACGUUCAUCACAACUCGUGUCGUACCCGUGUCCUCCUCCAGGCAAAAGGCAUCAAUGUUCCUUGCGGGAAAUUUAACACAGACUAACUCUAUGCAUGGUUAUGCUAACAUGCCUGAAGCAUGGAGUGAGCCUAAAGAAAAGCUAGAUCUUGACCAUUCUGUGCGUAGAAAGCAACCAGUGGCUCCUAGGUCGAAAUCUGCACGUCCAUCAGUUGCGUCUCAGUCAGACGUGCUCUUGGCCCAUUUAAAUGCUAAAUAUCCAGAGACCCGGACAGCCACAUCUGUCAAUGCUAACGAUCCAGCAGGCAGAAGCAGGAUUUCCGGCAUUUGUAGAGAGUCUAGGCGUUCAUCUGAGUUUCGCGUGAAUUCCAGUAAACGCUCGAGUAGCAAAGCAGAGGCGACCAAUUCUGCCAGAGCGCACAGCUCGCAGUCAAGGUCGGGUCGCAGGCGAUGA